GAAAAGUUAGGGCUUAAUGUUUUAAGUAUGUUGCUAGCCUUCCCCAGAGCCUUUUCAAGAUGCGUAAGUGUUUACCGCAUUUGUAACAAAUGAUUAAGCCUGCACAGCUAAAUCGUGUUGGAAUAUGUGUUCCCGCACAGCCUUUUCCUGGGAAAGUUACACAUGUUCGUGGAUUCUUCUGUGGGAUCAGAGGGCACGCCUAUUGUGAUCAGAAAACUCCAAGUAUAGCAGCAGGGAUGGAUGAACAGGCUCUUUUAGGGCUAAAUCCAAAUGCUGAUUCAGACUUUAGACAAAGGGCACUAGCCUAUUUUGAGCAGUUAAAGAUUUCCCCAGAUGCCUGGCAAGUGUGUGCAGAAGCUCUAGCCCAGAGGACAUACAGUGAUGAUCACAUAAAGUUUUUCUGCUUUCAAGUAUUGGAACAUCAAGUUAAAUACAAAUACUCAGAACUAACUGCUGUUCAACAACAACUAAUUAGGGAGACUCUCAUAUCUUGGCUUCAAGCUCAGAUGCUGAAUCCUCAACCAGAGAAGACCUUUAUAAGAAAUAAAGCAGCCCAAGUCUUCGCCUUGCUCUUUGUUACAGAAUAUCUCACUAAAUGGCCCAAGUUUUUUUUUGACAUUCUGUCAGUAGUGGACCUAAAUCCAAGGGGAGUAGAUCUGUAUCUCCGUAUCCUCAUGGCUAUUGAUUCAGAGUUGGUGGAUCGUGAUGUGGUGCAUACAUCAGAGGAGGCUCGUAGGAAUACCCUAAUAAAAGAUACCAUGAGGGAACAGUGCAUUCCAAAUCUGGUGGAAUCAUGGUACCAAAUCUUACAAAAUUAUCAGUAUACUAAUUCAGAAGUUACAUGUCAGUGCCUUGAAGUAGUUGGGGCUUAUGUCUCUUGGAUAGACUUAUCUCUUAUAGCCAAUGAUAGGUUUAUAAAUAUGCUGCUAGGUCAUAUGUCAAUAGAAGUUCUACGAGAAGAAGCAUGUGACUGUUUAUUUGAAAUUGUAAAUAAAGGAAUGGAUCCUGUUGAUAAAAUGAAACUAGUAGAAUCUUUGUGUCAAGUAUUACAGUCUGCUGGGUUUUUCAGCAUUGACCAGGAAGAAGAUGUUGACUUCCUUGCCAGAUUUUCUAAGCUGGUAAAUGGAAUGGGACAGUCAUUGAUAGUUAGCUGGACUAAAUUAAUUAAGAAUGGGGAUAUCAAUAAUGCUCAAGAGUCACUACAAGCUAUUGAAACAAAAGUGGCACUCAUGUUGCAGCUACUAAUUCAUGAGGAUGACGACAUCUCCUCUAACAUUAUUGGGUUUUGUUAUGAUUAUCUUCAUAUUUUGAAACAGCUUACAGUGCUCUCGGAUCAGCAAAAAGCCAAUGUAGAGGCAAUCAUGUUAGCCGUUAUGAAAAAAUUGACCUAUGAUGAAGAAUAUAACUUUGAAAAUGAGGGUGAAGAUGAAGCCAUGUUUGUAGAAUAUAGAAAACAACUGAAGUUACUGUUGGAUAGGCUUGCUCAAGUUUCACCAGAGUUACUGCUGGCUUCUGUUCGCAGAGUUUUUAGUUCUACACUGCAGAAUUGGCAGACUACACGGUUUAUGGAAGUUGAAGUAGCAAUAAGAUUGCUGUAUAUGUUGGCAGAAGCUCUUCCAGUAUCUCAUGGUGCUCACUUCUCAGGUGAUGUUUCAAAAGCUAGUGCUUUGCAGGAUAUGAUGCGAACUCUGGUAACCUCAGGAGUCAGUUCCUAUCAACAUACAUCUGUAACAUUGGAAUUCUUCGAAACUGUUGUUAGAUAUGAAAAGUUUUUCACAGUUGAACCUCAACACAUUCCAUGUGUACUAAUGGCUUUCUUAGAUCACAGGGGUCUGCGGCAUUCUAGUGCAAAAGUACGGAGUAGAACUACUUACCUGUUUUCUAGAUUUGUCAAAUCUCUCAAUAAACAAAUGAAUCCUUUCAUUGAGGACAUUCUGAAUAGAAUACAAGAUUUAUUAGAGUUUUCUCCACCUGAGAAUGGUUACCAGUCCUUGUUGAGCAGCGAUGAUCAAUUAUUUAUUUAUGAGACAGCUGGAGUGCUGAUUGUUAAUAGCGAAUACCCAGCAGAAAGGAAGCAAGCUUUAAUGAGGAAUCUGUUGACUCCACUAAUGGAGAAGUUUAAAAUUCUGUUAGAAAAAUUGAUGCUGGCACCAGAUGAAGAAAGGCAGGCUUCUCUAGCAGACUGUCUCAACCAUGCUGUUGGAUUUGCCAGUCGAACCAGCAAAGCUUUCAGCAACAAGCAAACUGUGAAACAGUGUGGCUGUUCCGAAGUUUAUCUGGACUGUUUACAGACAUUCUUGCCAGCCCUCAGUUGUCCCUUACAAAAGGAUAUUCUCAGAAGUGGAGUUCGCACUUUCCUUCAUCGAAUGAUUAUUUGCUUAGAGGAAGAAGUUCUUCCGUUCAUUCCAUCUGCCUCAGAACACAUGCUCAAAGAUUGUGAAGCAAAAGAUCUCCAGGAGUUCAUUCCUCUUAUCAAUCAGAUUACAGCCAAAUUUAAGAUACAGGUAUCCCCAUUUUUACAACAGAUGUUUAUGCCCCUGCUUCAUGCAAUUUUUGAAGUGUUGCUCAGACCAGCAGAAGAAAACGACCAAUCUGCUGCUUUAGAGAAGCAAAUGUUGCGGAGGAGUUACUUUGCUUUCCUGCAAACAGUCACAGGCAGUGGAAUGAGCGAAGUUAUAGCAAAUCAAGGUGCAGAGAAUGUAGAACGAGUGCUGGUUACUGUUAUCCAAGGAGCAGUUGAAUAUCCAGAUCCAAUUGCACAGAAAACAUGUUUUAUCAUCCUCUCAAAGUUGGUAGAACUCUGGGGAGGUAAAGAUGGACCAGUGGGAUUUGCUGAUUUUGUUUAUAAGCACAUUGUUCCUGCAUGUUUCCUAGCACCUUUAAAACAAACCUUUGACCUGGCAGAUGCACAAACAGUAUUGGCUUUAUCUGAAUGUGCAGUGACACUGAAAACAAUUCAUCUCAAACGGGGCCCAGAAUGUGUUCAGUAUCUUCAACAAGAAUACCUGCCCUCUUUGCAGGUAGCUCCAGAAAUAAUUCAGGUACUGCAGAUGGAGAAGUGCCCCUGCAUGGGCAUGGCAGCAGCUCAACAUCAAGGAGAAACAAGAGAGCAUCAGAUGCCACUGCCCCUGGUGGAUCUCCACUUCUCUUCAGCACCAUUUCCACUUCUAAAUCGCUUUGGAUAGUAUGGACACUCUAGCAAUGUUGAGUCUUCCAACCCAUGAACACAGAUGUCUACCAACAGUGUUUUUUAAAAGCUUAUAAUGCUGAUUCUUAAGAGGCUUUGAAGGGCAGGCCGUGGCUCACUUGGGAGAGCGUGGUGCUGACAACACCAAGUCAAGGGUGAAGAUCUUCUUACCAGUCUUCUUUUAAAAAAAAAAGAAAAAAGAGGCUUUGAAAAAAUUGAGAAAUAAGGUAGAUGUCACAUAAGGGUAAUUUAUAAUUACUCUUUUUUAAUGAACUUAACUCAUUUGUAAUGAAUUUAUGAUCUCAUUUCAUGACAUACUACCUUUAAUUUCAGAGAUAUUAAUGACUUUCUUGGUUAUCAUUUGUAUAUAUAAGUAAACUUAAAAGUUUAGUGAAACAGUAAAUUACUAAUAACUCAUGUUAUCUUAGUGCCCAUCAAAAGUAGAAAUAUACCAUUCAGUUUACAGCUAAUACUCUUCUAGAUUGCGAAAUGUUUCAUAUAUGCCUUGUAUUAGUCCGUUUUGUGUUGCUAUAACAGAAUACCUGAGACUGGGUGAUUUAUCAAGAAAA